UUUAACCAUACAGCCUUAAUCCUCUUCCCAACAAAAAAUUCCCAACCAAGGAACAAACGCUAGAGUCUACAAGUAGAUUCAAAUUACUCUCAGCCCGCUAACGAUAAACGGAAGGCAGACUUUCCGAGCUUAGGAGCUGAGGCACAUUUUUUUUUUUUUUUCUUUCUUUCUCACUUCUCAAACACCAAGCUUUGAGCUACAGAGCUUGCUCAUUUCUGAAGCCGUUUGCGCUCAAAAGCUAGGGUUUUGUUUCGGUUUCCAGCCAAAGCAAGCCGCCGAUGGAGGCCGCGGUGGUGGACGCCGGCUCUAGGCUCCUCAAGGCCGGACCCGCAAUUCCCGAUCAGGCUCCCGCCAUGAUCAUUCCUACCCAAAUGAAACGCAUGGUUGAAGAUGGAUCAAUGGGUGAUAGUUCAUUGUGUGAAGAUAUUACUGUCGAUCCUGUUGUGCGAGGUUUUAUUAGAGACUGGGAUGCCAUGGAAGAUCUGUUGAACCACGUUCUGUAUACUGGUCUUGGAUGGGAGAUUGGAAAUGAAGGACAAAUAUUAUUUACAGAUCCACUUUCUACUCCCAAGUCUGUCAGAGAACAGUUGGUGCAGCUGAUGUUUGAAACAUUCAACAUCUCAGGCUUUUAUGCAUCAGAGCAAGCAGUAUUAUCACUUUAUGCAGUAGGACGUAUCUCAGGAUGCAGUGUUGACAUUGGUCAUGGAAAGAUAGAUAUUGCGCCAGUAAUUGAAGGUGCAGUUCAGCACAUUGCCUCUAGAAGGUUUGAAAUUGGAGGUAUUGAUUUGACGAAGUUACUUGCUCAAGAGCUUGGCAAGUCUAAUCCGCUAGUGAAUUUCAGCAUGUCUGAUAUUGAGAAAAUAAAAGAGCAAUACUCACGUUGUGCUGAAGACGAACUUGCGUAUUCGAAGACCAAAAAUUCAUGUCACAUAGAGAAGCAUACACUUCCUGAUGGACAGGUGAUAACAAUUGGAAGAGAAAGAUAUACUGUUGGUGAGGCUUUGUUUCAACCAUCUUUAUUGGGUUUAGACGCACAUGGAAUUGUUGAGCAGCUAGUCCGUAGUAUAUCAACAGUGUCAUCUGAUAACCACCGGCAACUGCUAGAAAACACAGUACUUUGUGGUGGCACGGCUUCUAUGCCUGGUUUUGAAGAAAGGUUUCAGAAAGAAGCUGGCCUGUGCUCGUCUGCUAUUCGUCCUGCUCUAGUUAAGCCUCCAGAAUAUAUGCCGGAAAAUUUGACAAUGUAUUCAGCUUGGGUGGGUGGUGCGAUUCUUGCCAAAGUUGUCUUUCCCCAAAAUCAGCAUGUAACCAAGGCAGACUAUGAUGAAACUGGACCGUCCAUUGUUCACCGGAAAUGCUUCUGAUGAUAUCCAUCUGAAUGAUCAGAAGGCUCAUCCUGCCUUGUAUUAUAUGAUUAUUACUCUAGUAGAAAACCUUAAAAUUACUGGAUUCUGAAUGCAGAAGAAAGUCUCUCAAUAACGUACGUGAUCUAACAUAUUGCAGUUCAUCUGUUUCACCUCUUUUAAAGGGUUGGCUUCUAGUACUCCAGUACACUGCAUGAGUAUAAUUUUUCAAUACAUGUCCCAUUUUCCUCCCUCCGGAUGAA